AGCAUGAAUCUUAAGGGUCCAUGUGCUAAAUAAAAUUAAUGAGGGUGCUUUCAUAUGUCACCUAUAUAAUCAUUAUAACCUUAAAAGUUUACAACUAUUUGGACCUUUUGUGGCCCAACAGUUUUUUCCGGGAAUUUACUGAAGAAAUAAACAGAUAUGUAACCAAAAAUGACUAGUAAGGAUAGUCAUUGUGGCCUAAUUUUUAAUAGGGAAAAUUAUAAUUCUAAAUGUCUAAUAACAGGGGACUACUUAAAUAUGAAUAGGCUCAUAUGCUUUUAAAAAUAAUGAAGAAUACUUAAUAUUCACAGCAUCUGUGAAAAGCACACUCCAGUUGGCUCCAAUCUUGGGAUCCCAAUUGGUACAGGAACUGGAAGAACCUACUCCUGAACAAUAAUAGUGUUUAUGCACUGAUUUUCUAUGUGUUUUCUGUUUUGUAAUUAGAAAAUUAAAUGUUAUUUCUAAAAAACAAGAUUUCUAGAGAAGAACAAGCCUAAGUUCUGUAUAAUAAAAUCUAACUCAAAUGUAUCCAAAUAUUUUGAUUAACAGAAUGAACAAUUUUCAGAGAAUUUAAAGUAUAUACAGUAAAGCUAUACAGCCUUACGUUGUUAAUUGAGAAGGUGUUAGGAUUUUAUCUCAUCUAUAUCAGGAUUAAGUCCAUGAUUACUUGUUGUCUCUACAGAACAGAGGUAAGAAUGUAAAUUACAGAAGGAUAAUAACUAAUGUUUGAAUCCAUGUACCAGGCGCUGUUCAGAAACUUAAAAUGUAUUUAGAUAUCGCAUUUUUGCAGCAAGACUGUAAGAUAGGAACCGUUGUUACCCCUAUUUUACAGGUUAAGAAACUGAGAUUCGGGAGUGAGAUAAUUUGUUCAGGAUCACACAGGGUCGCCAGGAUGCCCACUGUUAGAGUAGUGGAUACAGGAUGUAUUGUAAUUAGGUGGAGGAGACGCUGUGAGUAAAAAGACCAAAGGAACUUCAUGUCUGGUUUCGGCAGUAGUCUGGGUAACGUGUGUCAGUGUCCCCAGCGCCUUGUGCAGGGGCUUCUGUCAGUGGAGCUGGAGCCUGGAACCCUGCAUUCAGGGAGGUUCUUCAUCGCUGGGAGCUGACUGGGCUCUGGAAACCGUGGCUGUUUCACUGGGUUGAUUUUAACAAUGGUUUCUUGAGGUCUUAUAGAUGAUGCUCUCCAAGCUCUAAGGGAGAAGUCAAACAAGGAUUGAGGGGUCUGGAGGAGGAGUCCUUCCUUAAAUGACGACAAUGACAAGAGAAAAUUGGGCCCACAAUGCUCUGAGACAAGAGGGUCUGGUUAAAGGGAAGGAUGAUACGUGGAAGUGGGGAACCAGCUUCCAAGGGAGCAGCUCCUCCGUUUGGGAGACUUCCCACCUGCACUUUAGACAGUUACGCUACCAUGAGACAUCUGGACCCCAGGAGGCCCUGAGCCGGCUCCGGGAGCUCUGCCGCCGGUGGCUGAGGCCAGAAGCUCGCACCAAGGCGCAGAUGCUGGAGCUGCUGGUGCUGGAGCAGUUCCUGAGCAUCCUGCCUGCGGAGAUUCGGACCUGGGUGCAGAUCCAUCGCCCCGGGACUGGUGAGGAGGCCGUGGCCCUGGUAGAGGAGCUGCAGAGAGACCUCGAUGGACCAGCACUAAAAGUUCCAGUCAUUGCCCAGGACACUCUACAGGAGGAGCUGAGCACUCCAGGAGCAGCCCUUCCUCGGGCACCCACUGGGAGCCACGUCCCAGCGGAGAUGUGCCCCAGUCCUCUCACUGACCCAGUGGUGUUCAGCCUCCACGACCCUCAGCAUGGUUCUCCUGCCCCUGAAGCUUCUGCCCUUUCCCAGGAAGAGAACCCAAGAAAUCAAUUAAUGGCACUCAUGCACCUGACAGCCCAGCCCCAGGAGCUGGUGAUGUUUGAGGAGGUAUCAGUAUGCUUCACUUCCGAGGAAUGGGCAUGUCUGGGCCCAAUGCAGAGGGCCUUGUACUGGGAUGUGAUGCUGGAGAAUUACGGAAAUGUGACCUCCUUAGAAUGGGAGACCAUGACUGAGAAUGUGGAGGUGACAUCAAAGUCAAGCAUAUCUCAAAGAGCAGAUUCUCAGAAAGGAACAUCAAAAAGACUUCAAGGAGGUAUUCCCCAGGACCUUGAUUUUGAGAAAGAGUGUGAAUGGCAAGUUUUGGCAAGUCAGUGGGGAAAUGAAACAAGGGAAAGAGAUGCACUGAAGAAAGUUUCCCUCCAUGAACGAGACAAGAAGAAAAGAACACCAGAAAAACGAAGCCAAAAGGCAAAGGAAGUUGAAGAAAGCUUGCCUUUAGGUUCAGCUCUUUCUGAAAGUUUAAUGGGUACUGAAGGAAAGAAGUUUUAUAAAUGUGAUGUAUGUUGUAAACAUUUCAAUAAAAUCUCCCAUCUUAUAAACCAUCGGAGAAUCCACACUGGUGAGAAACCUCAUAAAUGUAAGGAGUGUGGAAAAGGCUUUAUUCAGCGCUCAAGCCUUCUAAUGCAUUUACGGAACCAUUCUGGGGAGAAACCGUAUAAAUGUAAUGAAUGCGGGAAAGCCUUCUCUCAAAGUGCUUAUCUUCUAAACCAUCAGAGAAUCCACACUGGGGAGAAACCUUAUAAAUGUAAGGAGUGUGGAAAGGGCUUCUAUAGGCACUCAGGCCUUAUUAUACAUCUAAGACGCCACUCUGGGGAGAGACCUUAUAAAUGUAAUGAGUGUGGGAAAGUUUUCUCUCAGAAUGCUUACCUCAUUGACCAUCAGAGGCUCCACAAAGGAGAAGAACCUUAUAAAUGUAACAAGUGUCAGAAAGCUUUCAUCCUGAAGAAGAGCCUCAUUCUGCAUCAGAGAAUCCACUCUGGGGAAAAACCCUAUAAAUGUGAUGAAUGUGGAAAAACCUUUGCUCAGACCACUUACCUUGCUGACCACCAGCGACUCCACAGUUCAGAGAACCCGUACAAAUGUAAAGAAUGUGGAAAAGUUUUCAUUCGAAGCAAAAGCCUCCUCUUACACCAGAGAGUACAUACAGAAAAGAAGACCUUUGGUUGUAAAAAAUGUGGGAAGAUUUUCAAUUCUAAGUCCAACCUCAUUGACCAUAAGAGGAUGCAUAGCAGAGAGAAGCCUUAUAAAUGUACUGAAUGUGGGAAAGCCUUCACUCAGAGUGCUUACCUUUUUGACCAUCAGAGACUCCACAAUGGGGAAAAGCCCUAUGAAUGUAAUGAGUGUGGGAAAGUUUUCAUUCUGAAGAAAAGCCUCAUUUUACAUCAGAGGUUCCACACUGGAGAGAAUCUCUAUGAAUGUAAAGAUUGUGGCAAAGUCUUUGGCUCGAACAGAAACCUCAUUGACCACGAGAGACUCCACAAUGGGGAAAAGCCCUAUGAAUGCCGUGAGUGUGGAAAAACUUUCAUUAUGAGCAAGAGUUUCAUGGUCCAUCAGAAACUUCACACACAGGAGAAAGCCUACAAAUGUGAGGAUUGUGGGAAGGCUUUCAGUUAUAAUUCAAGCCUGCUGGUACAUCGGAGAAUCCAUACUGGGGAAAAGCCCUUUGAAUGCGGCGAGUGUGGAAGAGCUUUCAGUUCUAAUAGAAAUCUCAUUGAACAUAAGAGAAUCCACAGUGGCGAGAAACCCUAUGAAUGUAAUGAGUGUGGUAAAUGCUUCAUUCUGAAGAAAAGCCUCAUUGGACAUCAGAGGAUUCACACAAGAGAAAAAUCUUAUAAAUGCAGUGACUGUGGGAAAGUCUUCAGUUAUCGCUCAAACCUUAUAGCCCAUCAGAGAAUCCACACUGGCGAGAAGCCCUAUGCAUGUAACGAGUGUGGGAAAGGCUUUACUUAUAAUAGAAACCUUAUCGAACAUCAAAGGAUUCACAGUGGGGAAAAAACUUACGAAUGUCAUAUUUGUAGAAAAGUCCUUACCUCCAGUAGAAAUCUUAUGGUACAUCAGAGAAUCCACACUGGAGAGAAACCCUAUAAAUGUAAUGAGUGUGGAAAAGACUUUAGUCAGAAUAAAAACCUUGUUGUACAUCAGAGAAUGCACACUGGGGAAAAACCAUACGAGUGUGAGAAGUGUAGAAAAUCUUUUACUUCUAAGAGGAAUUUAGUUGGCCACCAGAGAAUCCACACAGGGGAGAAGCCAUAUGGGUGUAAUGAUUGUAGUAAAGUUUUUAGGCAAAGAAAAAACCUUACUGUCCAUCAGAAAAUUCAUACAGAUGAAAAACUCUGUGAAUAUGAUGAGUCUGAAAAGGAAUUCUCUCAGACUUCAAACCUUCAUCUUCAACAAAAAAUCCAUACCCUAGAGGAAUUCUCCUGGCUUCAAAAUGCCAAUGAGCCCAAGAUAGAGAUUCAGAAAAUCUAGUGUCAUAUGUGAAAUUGGAAUAGAAUUCCUGCCUAAUUAAGUAACUGUUGGAGAAAUAGCAAUAUGUGAUUCUUAUAAGGAAAAAAAUUCUUGAUUGCCCCUUUUAUAGACAAGUGAGUUGCAUGUGGGAGACAGUUAAUCUAGACUUUCAAGACGACAAAAACCAAAUUUUAGGUAAAGGAAGCUCUGUUUCAGACCAUUUGUUCUGAUCUAGAAAGAGACCUUGGAGCAACUGAGGACUCUAAAGAAACUGGGUUUAUGUCUUAAAAGAUGUAACGCUGUAGUUGUAAGCAGUAGAAAAAAAUAUUUUUAUUAAAAAGUGGGAGUUGUUUCUAAAAGUGUAUAUAUUGUACACUUUAAAGCUAGCAUCACUGCUGCAGAAAGUAUAUAAACAGUGAGAUUGAGACAUGUCAGACAUGGAGUUGGGUGGGCAAGAAGCUGCUGUCUGAGGACCACUUAAGAAGAGCUUGGACUUGGACUUGGAAUCAGAAGACCUAGGUUUUGAUCCUGGCUCUUUCUCUUACUAGCUAUGUGAUGUCAUUAAAUCAGCCUCUGAGCCUUGGUAUCUCUGUCAGUCAAAUGUUGACUUAAUGCCUACCUCACAGGAUUGUUAUGAGGAUUAAAUGAAAGGAUCUUUGUGAAAGUACUUUAUGAAAUAAUUUAGUUGUCAAUAAAGUGGGAUAAAAGAGGUAUAGUCAAAAUCUAGAACAUGGUAUAAUGUAAUGUCUGUUCAUAAAGUCAGUAUUAGGAAUCCAUGAAUCUCAAAAGGUAUUCAUUUGUAUAGUAAGAGGAAGUACGGUGUAUAGCUAACUUUGAAAGUUAGCAGUCUAAGAAGACUUUUUUCAAAAUAUAGCUUUAAAAAUGUUUAAGGGAGUUAAUAGAUAACAUGCCUAUUUUGUCUGUAUGUAAAAAUAUUGGCUUAUUAUGGAAAAUAAUAUGCCCAGCCUUUAAUACUGAUACAUGGAAACCAAUUUAUCAACUUCAAAUUUGAAACCCAGCGGAUGUAGAGGGUCAAAAUGGAAGGACAGUCUUAUGUUGUUUCCCUUGUUCAUAGGGAAAAGUCCUUACCCCAACCCCUGAAAUGAAUAUCCCUGCCGCUGUCAUUCUCAAUUCUAAUCAACAUUGCUUCAUUGCUGACAUGCGAUAGUUUGUUACUCCAAAAAACAUUCUGCUCCAGCACUCAACUUACUACAUAAAUUUUUCACACAGAGCCAAGCCCUUCAAGCUCUGAUUAAACUAAUUCAGUAUCCAUCUCUGGGCAUUACUCACUCUGAACCAUUCAUUCAGUGUGUGCCCUUUUGUACAUUUGUAAAUUUAAUUCAUCCAAUAUUCUUGAGUUGAUAAUUUCAUGUUGUAAUUCUCAAAACUCCAAUUCUGCAGCUAGAUUAUAAAUACCUUAAUAGCAGGAUUGUGUUUUCUAAUAGUGGUAGUAUCAAAGUGUUAUGUUGAUUAUAAUAAAUAUUACUAAUUCAACCCCAGAGUUCCUUGGGGGCUGGUUCCUCGUUAGAAUAUAAGGUACCCAAGAGUGAAAAAUGGAAGGGACCCAAGGUUAAAAGUGUUAGGACCUGGGUAUGAGUCAGGUGCCGCAACGUUCCUUGGACAAAGGCCUUCAUUUCUUGGAGCCUUGAUUUCCUCAUCUAUUAAACAGGAGGAAGAUAUCUACCUCACAAAGUUCUUAUGAGGUAAUGAAUGUGAAAAUGCUUUAUAUCCAUGCUGAAGAAUCACUCCAAAUUAUGUAAUAAUUACAAAGGGAAAGAUGUACUUUAACAAUGCUGAAAGCUAGCAUUUACCUCUUAACCAAUUAAAAUGUAACAUCACUAAGACAGAAACCCAUAUAAUGUGCUUCCUCAUGAUGCAGUAAGCCAAAAGCAUAACUGAAUUUAUCAAGCUUCUUGGGCCUGUUUGCUAGUUUACAGGAAAUACAGGAGGCACAAGAACUAAACAAAUAACACCAUGAGAAACAAAUUCAGAACGUGAGAUGUUGUAUAAGAAAACUGCACUGAAUUCUUCAAAAAGAUUAUGAUGAAAAAGGGAGGGCUGAUAAUCGUUGAAGCUGGAUGAGUCUUGAGAGUUCAUUGUACUGUUAUCUGCUUUUGUACAUGUAUGACGUUUUUCAUAGUAAAAGGUAUAAAAAAUAGGUGAGGUUGUUUUUAAAGGUUACUAAAGAGCCAUACAUAAGAUAGUAAGCCAGGAAUAGAUUCACACAAAUGCCCAAAUGAUUUUUGACAAAGGUGCAAAAGCAAUUCAGUAGAGGAAGGAUAGCCUUUUAAGAAAAUGCUGCUGGGGCAAGUGGAUGGCCAUAGGCAAAAAAAAUAAAUUUUGGAAACUAAGACUCAGCAAAGAACUCUUACACUUAUAUCAAAAGCAUGCUCCAUAAAAGGAAAAAAAUGAUAAAUUGGACCUCAUCAAAAUAAUUUGCUCUUCAAAAGACUCCUUAAGAGGAUGAAAAAGACAUGACAGACUGGGAGAAAAUAUUUACAAAUCGUGUAUCCAAUACAGGAUUUGUAUCUAGAUUAUAUAAAGAAUUCUCAAAACUCAACAAUAAAUAGGUCUAAUUAGAAAAUGGCCAAAAGACACAAACUGACAUUUCACCAAAGUAUGGACAGCAAAUAAGCAAAUAAAAAGAUGUUCAACAUCAUUAUCCAUUAGGGAAAUGCAAGUUUCCUAUCAGAAUACUUGAAAACAAACACAACUUUUAACACCAAAGGCUGGCAAGAAUGUGGAGAAACUGGAUUUCAUGUUGCAAUGUUAAGUGGCACAGCCAUUCUGGAAAAUGUGUGGCAGUUUCUUCUAAAUCCCAGUAUUUGCACUCCUGAGCAUUUAUCCCCAAAAUGAAAAUAUAUGUUCACAUGAAAACCUGUACACGACUAUUCGUAGCAGUUUUAUUCAAAAUCAAAACGCAAAUACCCUUCAGCAGGUGGUUAAAACAAACUGGUAUAUCUAUACGAUGGAAUGCUUAUUACUUUGCAAUAAAAUGGAAUGAUCUAUUGAUACCUGCAGUGACUCAAUGUUGAGUGAAAAAAAUCCAAUCUCAAAAGGUCAUAUACUAUAUGAUUCCAUUUAUAUAAUGUUUAAUGUUCUGAAAUGUCAAAACUAUAGACAUGAGAAACAGAUUAGCGGUUGCCAGAGGUUGGGGAUGGUGGGAGGCAGCAGGGGAAGAGGGAGGGGUAGCACUAGGGACAUGGUGGUGUUGGAACAGUUGUGUAUCUUGAUUGUGGUGGUUACACAAAUCUACACGUGAUAAAAGAUAGAAGCACACACACAUUGUACCAAGGUGAUGUCCUGAUUUUUAUAUUAAACUAUAGUUAUGUCAGAUGUACCUGUUGGGGGAAAUUAGGUGAAGGGUAUUAUCUUUUCAACUUCCUGUGAACCUAUAAAUUCAAAAUGAAAACUGAAAAAAAAACAAAGACUAAAGAACCAUAACCAGAUGCAGUGUGUGAAACUGAUUUGGAAAAACAAAAUUAUGAAAUACAUAUUUUAGGACAGUUGGGAAAAUUUGAAUAUGACUGGCUAUUAGGUGAUAUAAGGGAAUUAUUGUUAAUUUUCUUACCUGUAAUUAUGGUGUUAGUUUGGAGAACAGUCUUAUUAUUAAAUAAUAAAUAUUGAAGUAUUUGGAAUGAAGAGGUUUGAUGUCUACAACUUUCAAAAAAAUGUUUUUCAGUAUGUAUAGUAUAAGGCAAACGUAGCAAAGUGUUGAUUGUUGAGUCCAGAUAGAGGAUACAGGUAUUCAUUGUACCUUUCAGACUUUUCUGUACCGUUUGAUAUUUUCAAAAUAAAA